AUGUGUGGAAGGUAUGCGCUGGCCUUGCGGCCUUCGGAGGUCCGCCAGCAGCUCGAGCAGUCGCACAUGCCAGUCGAAGAGGCACCCGACGACGAUAGCAACGUGCGCCAGAGCUACAACUUCGCCCCCGGCUAUCAUGGCCUUGUAUACCGAGCAGACGGUCCCGAGACUGGCGGUCAGGAGGAAGAUACGACGGAAGACACCAAGUACAAACUGCAGUCUAUGCAAUGGGGUCUCGUACCCUUCUGGACGAAGCGCAACCCCGACUACGGCUCGAAAAUGAAGACGAUCAACUGCCGGGACGACUCGCUAAUCGAAGACCGCGGCAUGUGGACGACCAUGAAGAAGAAGAAGCGCUGCAUCAUCGUGGCACAGGGCUUCUACGAGUGGCUGAAGAAGAACGGGGGCAAGGAGAAGCUGCCACACUUUACCAAGCGCAAGGACGGCCAGCUCAUGUGCUUCGCUGGACUAUGGGACUGUGUGCAGUUCGAGGACUCGAGCGAGAAGCUUUACACCUACACCGUCAUCACCACCGACUCGAACAAGCAGCUCAGCUUUCUGCACGACCGUAUGCCCGUCAUCUUCGACAACGGCUCAGAUGCCAUUCGUACCUGGCUGGACCCGACGCGCACAGAGUGGAGCACAGAACUGCAGUCGCUGUUGAAACCAUACGAGGGCGAGUUGGAGUGCUACCCGGUCAGCAAAGACGUAGGCAAAGUUGGCAAUAACUCGCCGUCUUUUCUCGUGCCAAUCAACAGCGCAGCCAACAAGAACAACAUUGCCAACUUCUUCGGCGACCAACGAAAGGCCGCUGAGACGAAGGCAGAGGAGCAAUCUGUCGACAAAGCACAGCAUGAUCUGGAUGCCUCGACAGACAAAAAAGGUCAGAUCAAAGUCGAGCACGACGCUGAUGAGACGCGUGUCACAACCAACCGCAUGGAAGGUACCGAAGAUAACGCGCCAUUGCCCAUCCCAGCGACGUCGCCAAAAGGCAUCAAGCGGGAGCACGACGAUGUGACCGAUGGCACCGCAGAGUCUGAGCCACAGCACAAGCGCAACAAACCCACCGCGUCUGUCUCGCCUACCAAAAGCCCUGCGAAGAAGUCAACACCCGCGAAGAAGCAAGGUACCAGAAGUGCCACGAGUAACGGCAGUGCAGCGAAGACGUCCAGGGCGGAUGGUUCGCGGAAGAUCACAUCCUUUUUCAGUAACAAGUGA